CUUCUAAAGAGAAAUGCCCAUGUGCUUGUCACCCCAGGGGGACCUUGGGGGCCUUACGAGCCUCCAGAAGAAGUGGACGACCUUUCUGAAGGCUGACCUGCGGUGUCCAGGGCCUGUAGAUGGCCGGACCUCUAGUGUCCUGCAGGACAUGGCUAUUCUUCGACCUGAGACUGGAGUGGGGGCCCCCGUCUUUUAUGGCAUCUUUUUCUUUCAGUGGGAGGGGGCUGCGAUCUCAGCUGUCUGUGCAUUCCGAUCAUCACACAUUCGGACAGUGCUGAAUGGUCCCUUCAGAGAGCUGAAAGAUGACUGCACCAGGGGACAGCCUGUCAUGGAGAGUGAGGUACCCCAGCCCAGACCUGGAGAGUGCAUCGCUAAUAACCCGAAAUUCCAGCAGUUUAACUCAUCACUCUUCCUGCCUGACCGUGUGCUCACCUUCAUCCGGGAUCACCCCCUCAUGUACAGGCCAGUGCUUCCAGCUGAUGGCCACUCCCUGCUGGUCACUACAGAUACAGUCUAUCUCAGAGUUGUGGCCCACAGGGUGGCCAGCCUGUCAGGGAAAGAGUAUGAUGUGCUCUACCUGGGGACAGAGGAUGGACACCUCCACAGAGCUGUGCGGAUUGGA